GUCAAAACGUCCGUCAUUGGGUUGAAUGACAGUCUUGUCGUCACUCGAUCACUGGAGCCUGAUGGACUUGUCCAAAGGACUCCAUGAUCGAGCAAACCUCGUUCCUACCCUUUGCGUCGCUUCCCUAUAAGGAUGUGUUAUUCCCUCGAGCUGUUCGCUCCAUCAAUGCCAAUGGCAUCCUCGCCAUACGGAGAAAUGGUACAAGAUUGAUAACCCCUACACCUGAACACCUAGCAGAAUGUCCUCUGAAACAGAUGUCCCCGUCAUAAUCAUUGGCGGCGGCAUUGUAGGCCUCUCUGCCUCCAAUUUUCUCGCUCACCACGGCAUACAUUCCAUGGUGGUUGAGCGUCAUAAAGGGGCAUCGAUCCAUCCGCGUGCGCGAAGUGUCAAUGCACGAACUAUGGAGCUCUACCGUCGGCUUGGAAUCGAGGGACUUGUCCAUGAAGCUGGUGCGUCAUUGUCACCGAGCAAGGGUAUCUAUAGUGGUGCUUCCCUCAGGGAGGUCAUUGAACCCAAACCACGCUCCGGAGUUAUCAGAAAUUUCCCGUUGGGUGGGAUCCUUGCACCACUGAGCCCGGUCACCGGGACAUUUGUCACUCAAGAUAUGAUCGAACCAGUUCUCUUGGAUGUUGCAAAGGAGCGGGGAGUGGAUGUAAGGUUCAAUACGGAAUGUAUCGGUCUUGAGCAAGAUGACAAUAGCGUUACCGCCGUCUUGAAGGAUCGGAAUACCGGGGUCAAUUCGACCGUUCGAGGACGCUAUCUCAUCGCUGCUGACGGUGCAGAGAGCCCAAUCCGCACACGACUCAAGGUUCCAACGACCGGGCAGGGAACUAUGGGCCAUCUGCUCAAUAUCCUCUUCCACGCCGACCUCAAAUCGCUUGUCCAAGAACGCGAGUUUUCUCUCUGUAAGGUUGAACGCCCCGAAGUCAGCGGCCUCUUCACAUCAAUCAACAACAGCGACCGCUGGGUCUUCCAUCUUUUAUAUGAUCCAUCGAAGGGCGAGCAACCUUCAGACUUCCCACCCGAAAAAUGCAAAGAGCUGUUACGCUUGGCGCUGGGUAUCCCGGAUAUUGAGAUAGAAAUCAAGAGUAUCCUCCCAUGGAAGCCGUCAGUGCGGAUUGCAGAGCAACUGCAACACGGUCGUAUCUUCCUUGCGGGGGACGCAGCACACCAGAUGCCGCCGUGGGGAGGCCAGGGUGCAAACUCGGGCAUCGCAGACGUCCACAACCUCGCCUGGAAGCUCUCUGCAGUCCUCCAAGGACAUGCCAACAAUUCCUUGCUCGAGACAUACGAUGUGGAGCGGAUUCCUGUCGGAAGGGCAGCUGCAGAAUAUUCUGCAAGCAUGGCUGAUGAGAAAGGAAUUAUAUCAACAAAAGGGCCAUUUACGAUACUGCUAGUCGUGUUCAAGGGGUGUCGUUUGCUUUCCGGCCACGGAGCUUAUUACGCAAGUCAUGCCAUCUGCGCAGAGGAUACCUCUCCCUUGGGAGGAUUGACCUGGAGGCCGUGGACCUUGCCGAGCCUGCUGCUUUCAAUCGAUGGGCGACCUGGAAGUCGGAUUCCUCACAUAUGGGUUGAGCACCGGGGGAAACGUGUUUCGACCCUCGACUUGUGUGGCAAGACCUUCGUGUUAUUUGCCGGGGCAGGCGGCAGGCCAUGGGUGGAAGCAGCAAAGAAAGUGUCUUUAGCCAUGGACGUCGACAUUGCCGCAUAUUGUGCCGGCCCUGCAGACGAUCUGGUCAGUCAAAAGGGCAGAUUCGAAUCUGUUGCAGGCAUCUCGUCUGGAGGCGCGAUACUUGUGCGGCCAGAUGACUUUGUGGCGUGGCGCCAGAGGAGACCCGUUUCUGAUCCUCAGGCCGAGCUCACAAAGGCCAUGAGACAAGCGCUGUGUCUAUCGUGAUCUGGAGUAGAGUCUCGACACAGAAGGCUCUGAUGGUGGCCAGCUUGGGAGAACCCUCGGCUCAUACAAAGCCGUCUCUCUGUAGUAGAUAGCAUUGCAAAUGUCCAUA